UAUACAACCACCCAUUAGGACAUCACAGGACAGAGAAACUAUAGAGAGGCUGGUAUAUCUUAUACUGGAAGGACUGUGGAGAGGGGCACCUUAGUGGGCCUCAAAGCAUGGGGAAGAUGUGGGACAUCAGAUGGGAGACCAGGCAAUGUGGUCAUUGAGCGGUAUGGCAUAGGCAGGCAUGCGUGUGGAACAGGGUGUCAUGGGGGGCACGCAGUAAAGAGCAGACAACACAGUCAGGCCAGGAGGCUGGAGGGUGAGCAGAACCCUAUUGUCAGGUGCCUAAAACCAAGAAACUCAGGUUUGGUCUAAAGGCCAUUAGUGGGAAGGGGCUGACAGUGAUGAGGGGCCACUCCUGGGCCCAACCUUGUCAGCCUGAGAGUGGUCUAGCUGGCCCACGCUACCCUCACCUGACACCUGCUUCCUACCUCUGGCUUCUACUUUGCAGGUGUGUAUCAGGUGUACACAGACCAGGUAGAGGUCUAUGGAGAGGGCUGCAGGGAGGGGGUGCCAGGCAGGGCUAGAGCAACAAGGGCAGAGGCUACACUGAACCCAGGUCCUAAUGGUCCCCCAGGCUGGGGCUGGGUGGCCUAUGUGAACCCCAGGGGCACAGCCAGGACAUGGGGGCUCAUCAGAGGGGCAGUCUGAGCUCAGCGGGAAAGGCCUUCUCUGUCAGAGUUGUCCCAGGACCACUGGACAUGGCUGGGGAAGAGUGAGUUCCCCAGUGUCGGAGGUGUGCAAGCAGAGGGCAGGGCCAUCGUCCUCAAAGCUCCCAGAUCCAGCUCCCUGCCCGCCUGCCAUGUUCCUGCCAGCUGCCUCCCCACUGAGCCCUUUACCACCUUCCUGACUCACACGGCCGGUUCUGCCACCGCCCAGGAGCCAGUGCCCAAGGGGCUGGGUAUAAAUCCUUGAUGUGAGGCUGGCUACCUCUCAUCGCUUCCGAGCACGGAGCAAUGGCCUCUCGCUGGGCUGUGCAGCUGCUGCUCCUGGCAGCCUGGAGCAUGGGCUGUGGUGAGGCCCUCAAGUGCUACACCUGCCAGCAGCCCAUGACCAGUGCUUCCUGCAGGACCAUUACCCGCUGCAAGCCGGAGGACACAGCCUGCAUGACCACGCUGGUGACGGUGGAGGCAGAGUACCCCUUCAACCAGAGUCCCGUGGUGACCCGCUCCUGCUCCCGCUCCUGUAUGGCCACCGACCCUGACAGCAUCGGGGCCGCCCACCUGAUCUUCUGCUGCUUCCGAGACCUCUGCAACUCGGAACUCUGAACCCAGGGCAGCAGGGCAGAAGGUGCUCCUCAGGCACCUCCUCUCUGACGGGGCCUGGCUCCACCUGUGAUCACCUCCCACUGCUUCCUGCUGCUGUGGCACAGCUCACUCAUGGGGUCUGAGGGGAGAGGACCACACCAGGGGUGCCCUCUGCCUUCCAUACCCCACACUUAUAAAACAUAACUAAGCCAAGA